AUGGCGAUGCUCCGGAACCUGGGGUACGCCCUGCGCGAGACGGCGUUGAUGCUCGACCGGCUCGGGUCGCGGUUGACGGGGUCGUGGGCGUUCCGGGAGGAGCUGAACCGGCACCGAACGCUGAUGUCACUUAAGGACAAGGUCCCCGCGAUCGCGUCGGACACCUUCGUCGCCCCGAGCGCCGCGGUGAUCGGGGACGUCAAGAUCGGCCCGGGCGCGUCCGUGUGGUACGGCGCAGUGGUGCGCGGGGACGCCGGCGCCGUCACGAUCGGCGAGAGCACGAACGUCCAGGACGGCGCAAUCCUCCACCUCUCGCCCGGCACGACCCCGGGCGCCGCCCCGGGCCUCUCCGUCGGCGCCCGCGUCACGAUCGGCCACGGCGCCGCCGUGCAGUCGUCCACGAUCGGCGACGAGGCCAUCAUCGGGAUGGGCGCCGUCAUCGAGGAGGGCUGCACCGUCUCCACGCACUCGAUCCUCGCCGCCGGCAGCGUGCUGUCCGCCGGCACCACCGUGCCCACCGGUCAGAUCUGGGCCGGGAACCCCGCGCGGUACCUGCGCGACCUCACGCAGCAGGAGGUGGCGUUCAUCAAGGCCGCGGCGUCGAACUACAGCGCGCUGGCCAAGCCGCACAUGGACGAGGCGUCGAAGACGUUCGAGGAGGUGGAGCGCGACAAGGCGGCGCGCAACGAGAAGCUGCGCGCGAACGUGUCGACGUUCCCUAUGAACCCGAAUUUCGACGACCCGUCGCACAGCUGGGGCAGCGACAUCGCGCGCGCGGCGGAGGGCCGCGCAGGAGGAGAUCGAGCUGAUGGGCGGCACCAAGGCGUGAGCGCUGGCGCCCCGGACUUGGAGGUCGAGGGGGGGGACUGUUUGAGUUCGAGGGGGGUGUGA